AUGGCAUUGUUCCAGACUACUAUCACCCAGUCAGAGAGGCUGUUCCCGCAGCAGAGGCUCACCACUGAGCGCAUUACACCUCUGUCGUUACUGGAUGCAACCUCGGUAGACUUCCAAGCCUCCUGUGCAUCCUGGUUCUUCGACUGUCCCGAGCCAAAACAUUUAGAUCAAUUGCGUCUGUCCGAUCAUUUACGCCAGUCGUUACAGAUCACGCUGAACGCAUAUCCGCACUGGUGCGGGCUUCUGAGCAUCGUCAACACCAUUGCCAAUGCGCCAUCGCCACAAGAAGAGCACAUACCGCCACAUGCCCGACGAUUUGGCCGAGCCCGCGUGUCAUAUGGGACGUCUCUGGAUCCCGGCAUUGAGUUUUCCGUCGCAAGGAGCGAAGCUACUCUGGAAACGCUAUGUCCCACCUCUCGAACUACAUCUCAACGUUUGUGGGACCGCUUGAAAGUCCCCUUUGCAGAGUUCGUCCCUCAAACAGCGCUCCAGAAUCUCUUCAAGCCCAUAGUUGCCAACUAUGCGGGUCUUCUACCGCCCACAAUGGCUAUCCAGCUGACGACGCUGGCGUGCGGAGGAUUUGUCCUUACUGUUAAGAGCGCGCAUCCGCUAGCCGAUGCGCAUACCUUGAUACAUUUCGUGAAGGACUUGGCGAGGGUCAGCCGAUCCUUGCUCUCUGGUUCGGAAUUGCCCUCGUUGCACCCGGUUUUCCAGCCCGAUGCACUUGAUUCUUCUGCGGCCGGUGACAUUAACGCCCCAACCGCCGACCAGGCUAUCGUCGACCAGGCGCAUAGCUUGCCAUUUCAUCGAUACGACUGGUGGACGCAAAAUCCCAAUUGUGACAAACCUCCCCGCAUCCCCGAAGCAUUUCAAAACGAGGACCUGACUCCCGCGGGCAAGCCGAUCCCUUGGCCAGAAUGGAAUUCGAAAGAGCCAGCGUCGGUCUACGAGGUGCAUCUGACGUCCGAAGAAGUGGAAGUCCUCUGGAAGGAAGCCAAUACGGAAUCUUCUGAUACACGAACAACAGCAACAUCACCUGAGAGAAUCAGCCGGCACGAUUCGAUUCUGGCCCAUAUUUGGUCCUGCGUCAACCGCGCCCGGCAAUUAGACCAAGACCAUGGACCGGUCCACUGCGAUCUUACGUACGGGCAGCGUCCGGUUCUCCAGCUCGGCGAGCAUUUCAUGGGGUCACCCACCAUUAUGAUGAAUGUUGAGAUGACAGGCCACGAGGCGACGGCUAGUGCGAGCCAACCCGGCUCGCUGCGGCGUAUUGCCCAGCGCAUUCGCGAGACUAUCGGUCAGGUGAGCCGCGCGGACGCGGUGGCGGCACAUCUGCACAGCCUGGCGUAUGAAAAAUCCCCACAACGCAUCUGGCAGGGAUUCCUGGGCCGACGCCAUAUUAUGGUGACGCCCUGGGCACGCGCCGGACUCUACGAGAUCGAUCUUGGCCUAGGAAGCGGAGUCCGCUACGCCGACGGGGUGCUUCCCGCCAUGGACGGGCUCAUCCUCAUCAAAGAGGCGCCUCCAUCUGCGCGCGGGACGCCAUCCAAGAUCCACUCUUGGACUGAGAGCGGGGUGGACGUGGUCAUUGGCCUACGCACCGAGGAUAUGGACAGGUUGCUUGGCGAUCCGCAGCUAUUGGAUCCCAGCAGUUGCCUGAACGGAGCAGAAUAG